UCAUCAUCUCACACUUCCCUCUUCCCCGAAUCCUUUUAAAACUCUUCCCCGGGUUUCUACCCUCCCGAACCUCUCCCUUUCUACCCUCACAACCCCACCCCCCUCCCCGACAACGCAUCCCAAAACACGGAUCAGAAAAGGUGUGUAGUACACAUUUCGUCGAAAGUGACUUUGUUGAGGGAAGAAUUGGGCGGCGACAAUACCCACAAAGAGGUGUUGUUCCUACUGUCUUCGCGUGGAACUGGCACAUUCAAAAGAGACCAGGUGUUUGGGGAAGAUGACUGAAACCUCCUGCUCCGACUGAGGGGGAUGAAGAACAAGGUGCGCUGCCCGUGGACUGUGCCGUCUCUGAUCCGGUGCAGAGCAUGGGCCAAGCCAGUAUCCAAUCUUUGUGACCAUACUCCAGUUUUGACCCAUCUGCAGCAGCUACUCUCCCAUCCAGUGGUAGUUAUGGACUCCGGUGUGAUUGAAGGAGGACUCAAUGUCACCCUGACCAUUAGAUUGCUCAUGCACGGCAAGGAAGUUGGAAGCAUCAUUGGCAAGAAAGGUGAAUCUGUGAAGAAGAUGAGAGAAGAGAGUGGAGCUCGCAUCAACAUCUCAGAGGGCAACUGUCCUGAGAGGAUCAUCACUUUGGCAGGCCCUACCACCGCCAUCUUCAAAGCAUUCUCCAUGAUCAUCGAAAAGCUGGAAGAGGACAUCAGCAGCUCCAUGACGAACAGUACGGCCACCAGCAAGCCCCCUGUCACCCUCCGCAUCGUGGUGCCAGCCAGCCAGUGUGGGUCCCUCAUUGGCAAGGGAGGCUGCAAGAUCAAAGAAAUCAGAGAGUCGACAGGUGCUCAGGUACAGGUGGCAGGGGACAUGCUUCCUAACUCAACAGAACGGGCCAUCACCAUCGCAGGGAUCCCCCAGUCCAUAAUUGAGUGUGUCAAGCAAAUCUGCGUGGUUAUGCUGGAGGUAAGUUCUCCCCCUAAGGGGGUCACCAUCCCAUACCGACCAAAACCUUCAGGAUCCCCUGUCAUCUUUGCUGGAGGACAGGCGUACGCCGUUCAAGGACAACAUGCGAUACCCCAGCCAGAUUCUUCCUCUAUCUCUCCACAGCUCACCAAGUUACACCAGCUGGCCAUGCAGCAGAGCCCCUUCCCAAUGGCCCCAAGCAACCAAGGGUUCCAAGAUUUAGGAGGGAUGGAUGCGUCUGCCCAAACUAGUUCCCAUGAGAUGACCAUUCCAAAUGAUUUGAUUGGCUGCAUCAUUGGUCGCCAGGGUGCUAAGAUCAAUGAGAUCCGCCAGAUGUCGGGUGCCCAGAUAAAGAUAGCUAACCCUGUGGAGGGCUCCGCAGACAGACAGGUCACCAUCACCGGUUCCACCGCUUCCAUCAGCCUGGCAGAGUACCUCAUCAACGCCAGGCUCUCCUCUGAAGCGACAGGACUGGCGGCCAACUGAUAGAACACUCUGCAUAGAUGUGAUCUGCACUAAUCCCCCCCACAUUUUACCUUCUGCCACCAAUUGAUCCAUCAGUCAGUUCUCUCCUUUAAAGUGGUCAAUGCAACUAUCCAACUUAGUUUAUUUUAAUUAUUUUUUUGAAAAUCACCUGAUUUUUUUUUUAUUUUUUAUUUUUUGAUCUGCGUUCAUUUUUCUGUGUUUACAUUUUUUUUUUUAAGGCCCUUUGAGUCCCAGUUGGAUGUUUUUAAUGAUUUGUUCUUUUUUGUUGAAGGGAGAAAGUUUUUAUCUUUCUUGACACCAUUACAAGAGUAUAGGUAGAGAAAUCUGAAUAGGUUUAGUUCUCUAAAAGUUUUUGUUUUAUACAAAUAACAAAUAAAUGUCCAAACAAAAUAUACUUUUUUUUCUUCUGCAUUUUUAGCCCCCCCAACCCACCACCAUCCUGCAUCCCCUAGUAAUUCUAUCCAUUGCAGAAAUUCAAAAACUCACCUUGAUUUGGUGAUGUCACUUCCUGUUAUGUCACUAUGCUCGCAAAAUAAAAGGGGGAAUCUGUCACUGCUGGUAUUUUCGGUAUGACAAACAGCUCUAACACUACUAGAAAACGUGGAUAUUGCAUUUGUUGAAAACAAUUUCAAACUGUAUGUAUUCAUGUCACCUUAACCUUUUUGUUUCUAUGUCAUUCCUAUUUUUCCAACUUCACUUUGCCCCCCCCCCGUGUGAUCAUAUGUUUCUUCAAUGGAGGAAAUAUUUGUUUUAACUACCAAAGGAGAGAAACUCCUGAACUAUGACUGGUGUGUCUGUCUGUGAGUGUGAGGAGAGAAACUAAGAUAUUAUGAAUCGCUGAAACUAAGACAGGGCGAUAAAAAUAAAUGAAUUUCCUGCUCUUUGCUUUCUUUGCUCAAGUCAUAUUUAAUUUUUUAUUAUUUGCAGGAAAUAAAGUAACUUUUGUGCACGUUUUCGAAAGAAAUGUAGACAUUGGGUGCCACAACAUUGUUAAAAAACGACAGAAAUAAAGAUGUGAAAUGCUCAAACUACAAA